AUGAUUCUGCCGUUAACGAAAUCCGACGGUAGUGCCGACCUUACCAGUAUCUUGAGUCACAUCACUCUCCUGGAACAGACUGUGGACACUCUUCACAAGGUCACAGAUAGGUUGCAGAUUGAUCUGCGGACAACGAACGAAAGACUGGACACAGGCUACGAACGGAAGACUUCACAGCUCACAACAGACCUUCAACUUACGGAUCUUCAAACUACAAAGAAAGACCUUCAGUCCGCCCAGACAGACCUCAUGACAAAGGGUUUACAAUUCAAACAUCUGAACUCAGUGUCCGAAACCCGCGCCGAGGCUUUCCAGGCCUUUGUAUCAAGUUCCCUCAACGUAACGUCACUACACCCCGUUGUAUAUGACAGCAUCAUCUACGACACUGGAUCUGGCUACAACACCACGACUGGGGUGUUCACAGCACCAGUGAACGGAACCUACAUGUUCUGGAUACAGUUGGGCAUUCGUCCCCUAGGGUAUUAUCCACCCACUUCGAUCAAACAAUCGGGAAAGACAAUCGGCAGUGGUUGGGCUUCAUUUUCUUCUUCUGGUGAGGGCGCAGUGUCCGCUACAUGUGUCAGUCAGCUGCAGAAGGACGAGGAAGUGUGGGUGCAGUUUGAGCAGUACCGUGGAGAAUUUCCAGAAACAGUCACCGUUCUUUCAGGCAGCUAUGUAGGAGAUCCUACAUCCUACUUUGGUGGUGCCCUUUUGACAAUGGACUAA